AUGCUCAACACAGUAUGGAAAUCACCCUCCGAGCUCGAUCAUCAACUCCCAAGCCAUCAUGACAGCGACAACUCUUUGAUGAGCCAGCUCGGCCUGAGAAACGUCGUCAUUUUCUGCUCCACCCGUGUUUGGCGUGGAGGCUUCAGGCUACUCCUCCAAGCAUCGGCCUUGUUCUUUGCUGUGUUUUUGCUUUUCGGCCUGUUGCCUGCACGCAUAUCAGGCGGCUCCUUUCACCAUGGUUUUCUAUCGUGGGGCUCUGAGCCGCUACCAGAAGCGAACCUGAGGAUCGUGGUAUUCGGUUCCCCCGAUAUCAUGGGUAGCGCCACCGACGCCUCGCGAAGCCGCCGAACGUGGACUGAGGAGCUAUGCGAAGAGCUCAACUGCACAUCACACAUCUCCCUCGUGCCGUCUGGUGGUCCCAGCAAAGGUCUCGUCAACAGCACUCUCUACGAAGUGGCGAUACAGAAGCUGCUCGACAUCACCCGACACACCGACGUCCAUGAAAAGCCUGCUCUGGACUACGACUACCUUUCUCAGCAGUAUCCAGCCCCUUUCCAAGUCCCCAGUCUGGCAGAUCAGGUACAAGAGUUCCUUGCCAUGCCGUCACCUGAAGCCACCCCUCGUGAGACAUUGUGGAUUUUCACCUUUGGUCUUUGGGAAAUCUGGAACAUGGCGUCGAUGCCACGAGAACACUCGGAGGAGAUUAUCGAGAUAAUGACGGACGAGAUCAUCGAACAGGCCGAGGUUCUGUAUCGGGCAUCACUGGACCCGAAAUCCGUUGCCUACUCGGACUUUUGGACCAAUGCCACCGAAUCCCAGGUCAAGGAGCUAACUGCCCCCGGCGCCAUUGAGAAGGUCGACGAGCGCAGAUUUGAGAGCUUCCGCAUCGUGAUCCCAACGCUUUUCGACAUUUCGAUGACUCCCGGCUGGAAUGGUCGACCGAAGCCGCCGUCUCCCAACAGCAUUGCCGAGCAGACUCGAAAUGCUGCCGAGCUCACCAAGCACUGGAACACGAUGAUUUCCUUUGCAAUCUCGCAGUGGAGGGACAAGGGUACGCAAAAGCCCGAUGGGUUGGUGGAAGAAAAAUCUGAAAAGUCGAGCAAAGCUAAGAGGGACGAUACUGCCAGCAAUGCUGAGCACACCAACGAAACCGAGAAAGCGGGCGAUCGGGUCAUCCUUGCUCCAUACCCUCUGCGAACUGGAUUCAAACUCAACCCCGUCAGGCCAAUCCUCGAUGCCAUGACAGAAGAAGAGAUGCAGCGCCUAAAGGUGGCAGACUCGCUAGGGCGUGGAACUCUAUCAAGCAACGACUCGAUGCGGUUCGCGGAUGUCUGGACACCAUGCGUCAAGGGCAAGACGGACGAUCUGGUCAUCGAGACGAAGCAGUUGACGGCUGAAUGUCAAGCCCCCGACGACCACCUAUUCUACGACUCGUUUACUAUAAGCGAGAGGGCUAUGAAGGGUGCGGUCAAGGUCAUGGCCGAGGACGUCCACAAUAACAUGUUUGACCUAAGCAUCAAGAAGGGCUGGUGGGGUAGAAGAACAUAG